UCUGCGUAUCCGAGCGUUCCUAUUGGCUCCAGAGUCUGCACGGUGGAGAGGGGGGUACCUCUAAUCAUAUCCAGCAUGUUUUGCACAAGAAAUGUCAACCAGAAAGGGCUAUCUUCUCCCCUCGCCAAAAUACACCACAAUAAUGGCAUGCUCGGACAGCCCCGCAGGAAACGCGUUUUUUGUGGAUUCUCUGAUCAGCGGCCGGACCGAGGGUGGAGGGGGACACUACUACCCGGGCAGCAGCGUGUGUCUGCCCCAUAACGCCGCAUCAGAGGUGUCUUACGGGCUUCAGAACUGUGGAUACUUCCCAGGUAUAGGCAAGCGGAGCGACGCAGGUCCCCAAAACAUGAUGUCUGCCGCGUCAGGCGCGUAUAUGUCAGGCAUGGAGAUGUGGAUGGACGCGCAGAGGUCGUGCCGAAUGGACCAGCAACAAACUGUGGGUCCCCAGGUCGCGCCCUGCUCGUUCCCGCCGAGCAUUAAGGAGGAGAGCGCGUACUGUCUCUACGAGCCGCAGAAGUGCCCCAAAGCCUCGACCGCCGAAGACCUGACAUACUCCAGGCUAACCACGACAGGCCCAGGUUCAGGCUCGUGCACAGUCACCGACGGUGGCGGUGGUGGGGGUACUGUACCAGUGCCUGGCUACUUCCGCUUGUCUCAGAUGCACGCACACUCUCAUAAAGUUUACCACGGCGCCCAAUCGAACCACUCUCAUUCUCACUUUGGCCUACACCCCCCUGCACAUACUCGCUUCCACACCCCGACCCCCCCACCGUCCUCAGCCUUAGCCUGCUCAGCCACGGCGGCUUACAAGAGAAGAGACACCGAGGAGGCUCUGUCUUCCGGUACCGCGUCCCAGCCCCAGCUGACGCACGCCCCACUGGGGGACGAGGAGGCACGAGCGUCCUCCGACGCGGAACCUUCAUCUCCCGAGGAAGCUGAAGAGGAGCUCGAGAAGGAGAAGCCAGCGAAAACACCUAAAGGAGACACAGAAAGCGAAUGCACGGCCAACUGGCUAACAGCAAAAAGCGGACGGAAGAAACGUUGCCCAUACACCAAGCACCAAACACUGGAGCUCGAGAAGGAGUUCCUCUACAACAUGUACCUGACUCGCGAGCGUCGCCUAGAGAUCAGUAGGAGCGUGCACCUGACGGACAGGCAGGUCAAAAUAUGGUUCCAGAAUCGCAGAAUGAAACUGAAGAAAAUGACACGGGAAAACAGGAUUCGUGAGCUCACGUCAAAUUUUGGUUUCUCGUGAUAACUUUGAAUGUUUUCAAUAAGCUUUGUAUUGAACUAGCUUUAGUUAAAAUGCAAGAUGUAAAGGGCACAUCUUUAAUAGGCCUACAUAAAAACCUUGUUUUUGCAUCGUCCUAUAUAAGCUACUGGUAAAACGUGAAUGUUAUUGAGUUUUCUCUUUUUCUUCCUUUUUUCUUAUUUGUUCGUUGAUUCGGUUCUGUUGCUGUCACUUGUUGGGUUAGGUGUGUUGAGUAAAACAAUGGAAGGAAUUUGCUUUGGGUCUUAUAGGAUUGUAGCCUACUUAAAAUACUUAAAAAUAAAUAUAUGUUUGUUGUAGAUACAAAUAUAAAUCGCAAUUGAGAUGUACGUUUAUAUUGCAUAUAUGUGGGGAGUUUCCUUUACAUUUAUACUGCAUGAAACAACAUGAUUCAAAUCCAUCUUUUCCUGCAUUUUGCAAUGUGGAUCACACUAAAAUGUAAGGCCUGUAAGGGAAUAAGAUGAGUCGCCCUGUAAAUGUAUUCUUCCGAUGUAAUGUAUGGAGAUAUUAUGAUGAGCUGAUUGUAAGUGUACAUAGAACAAGAUACAUUUGAUCCACUUUAGGAUAUUGUUGUGCAGACUCGAACUAAGGGAAAUGUAGGCUACGUGAGCAGUCUACAUUGUGAAAUUGUUUUUAUUGUGUAUAUCAUUAUGUACAUAUGAGGUUGUGUUUUCGUGUAUUGCGUAAUAAAUUAUCAGUUCACAAAAACUGGAUUAGUAUGCUUUUGAUGUCCUUGUUCCGAACUCUGUAUUUCUCGCUAAUUCUUUGUCUGUUAAAGAGAAUAGGCAUUUUGUACAGGCCAGUUGAGGUUGUCAGUGCACUUUGGGUUGCUUGUGCAUUGCUUGGCUUUUGUCUUCAGAAAUGUUUUUAGGAUCCAUGGAGUAGCUCUCGGAAACGAUUUAGAUAUGACACCAGCCAUUAUGUCUAGGCGGUAUAGGCAUAUAACACUGCAAGCCUAACCAGCUUUAGUAGAGUUUUAUGACUUGCUCGUAUAUGACGAUUUUCACUCUCCCCAAAGACUGGCUUCAGUCGAGAGAGCCAUUAAACCGGAGAGGAGGCUAGAGACAGUCGUAGAAAGUUACACUGCAUUUAGACAGAAUUGGACGAAGUCAUCUUUUUUCUUGUGAUUGGAAUAGCGCAAUAACUUCGAUGAGUGGUUGUUGUUUAUUUAACACGCAGUGCAAGGAGCAGAUCCCUUCUCAUGGAACCGGACGGUUUGGAUUCAUUACCGGGGU